AUGGAAAUCACUCAACUUGCUCGAGUUUUGGCAUGUACGCUGGAUCCAAAUUUAAGAGUAGAGGCGGAGAAACAAUUAAAUGAGGUUCGAUUAUUUUGAAUUGUUGAAAAAUAUGUGCAGUAAUACAUGUAAAAACCACGUGUGUUUGAAGUCUAAUAUUUAUAUACAUUAUACACAGUCACAGAAAUAUAGUGUACUUGUCUAUUUUUUACUCUAACUCGUUUAACGUAUCGUAUUUAGGUCUACAAGACGCCAAGGUUUGUUUCACAGUUGCUACAAGUUGUGAUGUCUGGAGAGGUUCAACAACCUAUUCGUCAGGCUGGUACGUAUAUUAGUAUAUGGGCAUAUUGUUGAAGGUUUUCUUUCCGAAGAUGGAAAUUUCUAGUGUGUAAAAUAAUAUACAUCUUUAGGGGCCGUCGACAAAUAGAUUUCGUCCGGCGAUCGCGGACUUGUACCGCAAUGGUCUGGACCCUCUCCCCCUCCCGCAAUCGCGAACCUGUUGAUUUUUGCCCCCCACACACAAGAAUAUAAAGAGGAAGUAUAGUGUUAAGAUGACGACUGUCGACAAGGGGAAAGUGCUACAUAAUUAUGAUUGGAAAAAAUUGAAAAUAAAAUAUUUCCCGCCAUUUUAAUAUAAAUAUUGUAUAAAUUUUCAAAAAUGCAACACAUACCUGAGAUAAGUCAUUCAAAACAGCAACUUACAACAUGGAUGACGGACAUAUAUUACACAAACCAUAACAAUCUGAUGUCAUGUUUUUUUUUACUACGAUCAAAAUAUAAUCCAGCGGCAUUAUUAUAAAACUCGGAGGCCUUCGGAGUUUGGACUUCAAACGGAACACGAACCUUGGUCAAACUUUAAAUAUUGUUGAGUUUACACUACAAAGGCAGUAUAAUACCUUGCUUAUAAUUUCUCCAACUGGUAUCAAGUUAAUAACAUUGUGUGAUGUCUUCUGUAAAAACUCUUAAGUCAGAUUUCCUCCCAAUUUCCAUUUAAAUCACAGAUUUAAGGCUACCCCCCUCCACCUCAUCACGAUACAAGUCCACGAUUGCGGGAUGAAAACUAUUUGUCGACAGCCCCUGAGACGUAACCAGGAGCAGUUGUGAAAAAUGCAACUCACUGGUAGGAAUGAACCUGCAACAAUUCCAGUGCAGCUCUCUAUAAACCUGGUUAUAACUGUAGUUACUUUUAAAGUUAAUGACUAUAAUUACCAGCGCUUGCAGCUAAGGAUCAAUGGUCGCAGAUAAAACAUUGUCUAUUCUCAUGACAAAGUUCAAUGUUUGUGAUGACAUUUGAUGGUUUCAAUUCGCUCAGCCAAUCAGCUUGGAGCUGGUUGAACGUGAUCGGCUGAUCAGAUUAAAACCUGUCAAGUGUUCUUGACAAACAUUGAACUUUCUCGUAAAAACAUUGAACUUUGUCACACGAAUAGGCAAUGUUCUUAUGAGCGAGUUGCAAGCGACAGUAGAAUUAACUACUGUAGUUAAUACCUUAACUGUAAUUAGUUAAUUAAUUAAUGAACUACAUGACUUGCAUUGCACAAAAUAUGGUCAGAUAGUUGACUAACUACGUCGUUAACUGCGUGUGGGGCUUGCAUGGGUGCUAAUUAACCCAUUAAGUUGCAUUGCGUGCCAAUGUGCCCUACUUUAUUAUUUUACUCUGUCUAACACCAAACAAUUUUACUUGUCAAGGGAGAGUGUUGGUGCUCAAUGAAAAUGCAACUUGCAUGUGGGUUGUGAGCCAUUUUUUUGUCCUUCCCACAUUAUGACAUCAUACUGUGUAUCUCUAACUGAACAGACAACGGCAAAAUCUUAUCUAUUUGUUAAAUUGUGCAUUGGAGUGCAAUGCAACUCAAUGGGUAUAUAUAAAUUAAGUUACACAACCACGGAUGAUGCACCUUACUUUGCUAUCUUAUGGUGUGAAACUUGUAAAUUAAAAUGGCCCAACGAAAAUGAAAAUGAAAAACAGUAAAAGUAAUAAAUGUUUACGUGUAAAAUAAUUUUUUUUAAUGUUUUGUUUUUAAAAUUUCUUUCGCUUUUACCAUUUAUUCAUUUUACCAUUUAUUCAUUUUACCAUUUAUUCAUUUUACAAGAUUCAGCCAGCCCUCUUGAAAUUGUGACCUUCCCAUGAUGCAACGAGGCCCUGUGGAUGAGGCAGAUCUUGCUUAAACUCGCUAUUAAAAAAUACACUGUGCACCCACAUUGACUCAAAAUUUGGCGUAAAAUUACUCAAAUGUAUGAGUAAAUGUACUGAGUCCCAUCUUUUUGAGUAACUUUAAUCUUCUCUCAAAAAUGGUGUAAAUUUGAAACUUUCAAAAAUUCAAGUAAAUUUACACAUAUAUAUUUGAGUGAUUUUACUCAAAAUUUUGAGACACUGUAUGUGGGUUCAUUAUUUUACUCAAAUUUUUUAGUCGAAAUCAAGGCCGCACAGAGAAAUUGUUAUGUGCUCUUUUACAGAUAUUUUACUUUAUCCUUAUUUUUUUCAAAAUACUCAGUGACAUUUUGCAGUGUAUAAAUGGAACAUUUGGACGUUUUAGGUGGUAUCUACCUAAAGAAUAUGAUAACCCAGUGUUGGCGAAAUAGAGAUGCUACAAACAGUGUUGAUGGUGAGAUGCCGUUUGUUAUUUCCGAUGAAGAUAAAAGCCUAAUACGAAAUCACAUAAUAGAAGCCAUCAUUCAUUCACCAGAACUAAUAAG